CUCGCUCGUUUGAUCAGAUUAGAUUUCGAACUUCUGAAUUUGUAACUCUCUAGAAUUUUAAACUUUUUGAACCAAAACUGCAAAAUUUCCAUUAGUUAUUAAAUUGUGAUUGCGAUUGCGAUUGCGUGUGUGUGUGCGUGUGGUUAUCGAUUGCAUACAACUACGUCGAAGAUGAGAGCUGUCAAGACACGCCGAAGUCCUGCUAAACUGGUAAAAAACAAAAGCCACGGAGACGGCAGGCAUACUCAUAAUCCGGCUCAUUUCGCCGGAUUCUCAGCGGGAGUACAGUACCCAGCUGCAUAUCAACAGCAGACCAUUGGCAAAGCAAAGCCAGCCUCAGUUGCCCUCAGCCAGCUACAGCAGCAGCAGGAGCAGCAGCAGCAGCAGCAGUACCUGGCACAGCAGCAGCAACUGCUACAACUGCAACAGCAGCAGCAGGCGCCCCUCAACCUCCCCAGCUAUGCAGAUCAGAUGCAGGCCGCAUUCCUCGACUACCAGCGUCAGCGCAUGGAGUUCGAGCAGCAGCAGCAGCAGCUGCUGCAGAAGCUCUACACCUACUAUCCCGACGUCUCUGGCCAGCAGCAGCACCAGCUGCAGCACGAGCUGCCCCACAGCCAGCAGCAGCAGCAGCAGCAGCAGCAGCAGGCGAACACAAUCAACAACGACGGCAGUCGGUUCUUCUCGCGCCAGGCCUUUGGCUCCAACAACGGAUUGCAGCCUCAGCCGCAGCCGCAGCCGCAGCAGCGCCAGCAGACGCAGCAGCAGCCGGCACAGCUGCCACAGCUGUCACAGCUGCCGCAGUUGGCACAGCUGCCACAGCAGGCCCAGCCAGCGGCACCGGCCGGCGGACUGGCCAACUUCUACUCGACCCAGCAGCACAUGGGCUUCAUGCAGCAGCAGCAGCAGAACGUGCUCCGCGAUCAGCAGCAGAACGUUGCCCAGCAAUUCGCCACCGGCCAGCUCGCGCCCAGCACCAGCACCAACUACGGCAUGGCAGUGCCCGACUCCCCCGAGCUGGCUGCUGCAGCGUACCAGCCCGCAUCGGCCGUAUCCCAUGUGAGAUUCAGCAGCGGCAAUCUCAACUACAACUUCUAGGCCCCGAAUUGCUCGAAUGCCAGGCGCUGUUGCAGUCCGGAUCACAGCCUGUGACCGCGAAGUGGACCAGAGUACACAAUCCCCCCCUCACUGCCCCUCCGUCAUCCGCCAGCAGCUGUCAAACCAUUCACACACUUUCCUGUCCCA